CUUUUCCAGUGCAACAAGCUUGAAAUGGCACCGGAACCGUUGAUGACGACCGACCUUUCGUGCCAGCACAAUGAAGCGGACGCCAUCAUGCUCCUGGAGGAAUCGCUGCCGUUGGAUCCUUUGGACCAGCCCUACUACGACGCAGUGGCCAACGCGUGCGGCAGCGACGCGAGUCCUGUGUUUUGCAUGCGACUGGCGCGGGCUUAUCGCAGUGAAAAGAAAGCGGCGCGCAUGGGCAAGACCGUCGCGGAAGCCAAAAAAGUCAUGGAGUGGCGACUCGAGCACAGCGCAGACACGAUCUUGGGCGUCGAGCUGGAUAAGACGCAUCUCUUUCGACAGAGUUGGCCCACGGUGUUGUGUGGUGAAGACUACUACGGGCACGUCGUGAGCGUCGAGCGGGCUGUGGACAUCGACCUCGCGACCUUUCAGUCCAAGUUUACUGUGAACGAGGUGCUCGUGCAUCGCCUGCAGCACUUGGAGCGCAUUCAAGCCCACCUCGCCGCGGCGUCGCAACGAACGGGCCGACGCAUUUACAAGCACAUUUGCGUAUUCGACCUCGGCGGCGUCGGGCUCAAGCACCUCACGCCCACGGUCAUCGGGUACAUCCAGCCGCUGUUCGCGCUCGGCCAGCAGUACUACCCCGAGUCGCUCUUUCGCAUGUACCUUGUGAACGCGCCGUUUGUGUUUUGGGGCGCGUGGAAGGUGCUGUCGGCGCUGAUCGACCCCGACACCCGCGACAAGAUCCAAAUCUUCACGUCGCCCGCCAAGUUUUGCACCGCCGCCCAAGCGCAGGGCAUCCCUCUGACGUCCAUUCCGACCUCUCUUGGGGGACUGCACGCUGCACCAACGUAAUAGUAACAGCUUGCACGGACUAUUGGUAUUUUAUUCUAUUGAUAUCUUUAGAAGAUAUUUAUAUACUCCACAAUACGAAUAAUUUAAUAAUACAUUCCCCAUAUAGUAGUAGUA